UUAUUUUUUAAACAGAUUAGCCUAAUUAGCAGGAUCAAAAUACUGCAAGAAUGUAAACUGCAAAUUAACGAUAUGAAUACUUAGAUAGAUUUACUCAAUUCUGAUUUUAAAACAAUCUAUAAAUCCCUUGAAUCACUCAGAACUUUUAUCCUAAAAAGGAGAAACAAAAGCAUUGCUAUAUAUAGGAUUUAGUCGUACUAGAGUCUAAUUAUAAUAGAUUAACAAGAAAACAAAUAGAUAUAUUCACUGGUCAAUAAAGAAGCAAUUAAAUUAGUAAUCAAAUCUAAAACACAAAGCUAAAACCUUUUCUUUCGGGUGUCUCGAGACCAACACCAAGUUCAAAACUUCCUUCUUAUUUCUUUUCCAUGAUUCUCUCUGUCUUUCAAGUUUUAGGUUUCUGAUAAAAUUUUAAAAGUUUCAUGGUUGUAGACAAAAUCAACGUAGCUUCUCCCUUAUGUUGUGUUCUUCCAAUGUACGACUCAAAACAUUCAAGUUAUGUCACUGAAGAAGAUUCAGACGACCUGAAUCACACUACAAAACACAAAAGAACCAAUGCUAUGCUUUCUGCUUCUGCUCACGAUCUGAGAUGUCUACAGGUAGAAAAAGAGAAGCAAGAUCCUGAAUCACCAAGAGGAGCUCUAGAAGCAUGCUUAAACCGAUGCUCCAUCUCUUCCUCAGAAGAUCCUCCUCAAAACAAAGAAGCUAUAGAAAACGCAGACGCAGACGUGCGUUGCAAGAAUCACAGAGCAUCUUCGAACUGGGGGAAGUUCUUCAAGCUUUGGAAACGCAGGUCCAUGAAACGUUUGUCUUCUUUCCCUCCGUUAAGCUGUGCCCCAGUGAUCUCCAAACGCAACAAAAACGCAGAUCCAGACGUCGAUGAUCUGAACCUUCACGAUAUCUAUGACUUCCAAUCAUCUCUUCACAGCUUCUCAAUCACUGACCUCGAAAUAGCAACUGACUAUUUCAACCCUGAAAACAUAAUCGGGAGAGGCGGUUACGCAGAGGUUUACCAAGGGAUUCUACCAGAGGGAAAGCUAAUCGCUGUGAAACGUCUCACCAAAGGCACACCAGACGAGCAAACAGCUGAGUUUCUGUCUGAACUCGGGAUUAUAGCUCAUGUUGAUCAUCCAAACACAGCCAAGUUCAUCGGUUGUUGCACUGAAGAUGGAAUGUAUCUUGUUUUUAGACUAUCUCCUCUUGGAAGCCUAGGCUCUCUACUCCAUGGACCUUCAAAAGAUAAGCUUACUUGGAGCAGACGUUACAAGGUGGCAUUAGGAACAGCAGAUGGACUAAUGUAUCUUCAUGAGGGUUGUCAAAGAAGGAUCAUCCACCGUGACAUCAAAGCCGACAACAUUCUCCUCACCGAGGAUUUUCAACCGCAGAUUUGCGAUUUCGGAUUAGCCAAAUGGCUUCCUAAGCAGUUGACGCACCACAACGUUUCCAAAUUUGAAGGAACAUUCGGGUACUUUGCUCCUGAAUAUUUUAUGCAUGGCAUUGUUGAUGAGAAGACGGAUGUUUUCUCCUUUGGAGUUCUUCUCUUGGAACUCAUAACCGGCCAUCCAGCUCUUGACGAGUCUCAGCAGAGCCUUGUCUUAUGGGCCAAACCGUUGUUAGAGAAGAAAGAGAUAAAACAAUUAGUGGAUCCAUCGCUUGGAGAUGAGUAUGAUCGUGAUGAGCUUAACCGGUUAACUUCCACGGCUUCUUUAUGCAUAGAGCAGUCUUCUCUUCUAAGACCCCGCAUGAGCCAGGUUGUGGAGUUAUUAUUAGGUCAAGAAAGUUGCGUUGUGACACCAAGAGAAGACAAGAGAAAGAUGAUGCAACGAACGUAUUCCGAAGAGUUAUUAGAUAGUAUAGAAUAUAACUCAACUAGGCACUUGAGAGAUCUUGAUCGCAUUCGAGAGGUUGCUUUAGCUUCUUGAAAGUUGAACAAUGCCAUUAUGUAAAACUAUGUAUGUACUGCAUCUAUUGAUUCUAUUUAGCCUUAUGUGGACCUGUUGUUAGGCCUGUGAUUGAAUGCAAGCAAAUGUUGAGACUUUCGGGUUUCAGAAGCUGCCUUGAACGUAUGGUUUACUCUACUUA